CUAUCAGAGAGAUUUCAGCACACAGGACUGAUAAAGCUCCAGUGUAUCAUAUCUGUAAAGUCAUGUGACUCGUCACACCAUCAGAAUAGACAAGAAUUCACUGUGAGCUUCACACCUCAUUACAGCUAAUGGACCAAUCAAAUCAGUCCACAGCUUCAAAUCAUCCAAUCAGGUGUGAGUCUGGACCUGGUUUUGUACUGAACACACAAGUUCAUUAGAUCACUUGGUGUGAACAGGAACGAUGAUCAGACUCUUUGUCGCUCUUUGUGCUCUUUUUUCUCUCUUCACAGCUGUGAAAACUUCUGACAUCAAGGAGAUUGACGUGAUAACAGUAAAGCGUGGAGAAGAUGUAACUAUGAAGUGUAGCAUUAGCAGUGACACAAAGAAAGAAGUAGUUUGGUACAGACAGAUUUCAGGAAAAUUACCUCAGUAUUUUGCAAAACCAUACAAGAACGAAUUGGGCUACAGAUUUAGUGAUGGAUUUAAUGAUGCUCGUUUCAGUUUUAGUGUAAAUGACAAUAAAUUUGAUCUCAGUAUUAAUAAAACAAGAGAAGAUGAUGAAGGAGAAUAUUUCUGUGGGGAAAUAGAAGGAAAUGUAGUGAAGUUCACAUCUGGAACACGUCUGCAAUUUAAAGCUAAAAACACGACACACCGUCCAACAUCUGGAACAACACACAGAGAUUCAUCCAGCAGCAGAGAAACAAAUAAAGACACGACACACAGUAAUACACCUGGAACUACACACAGAGAUUCACCCAACAGCAAUAAGACAAGUGAACACAACUGGAUUCUUGCCUUAACAGCCUCCAAUAUAUUCUCUGUUAUCGUAAUCACACUUCUGCUUGGAGUUUUAUAUAAAAAUCACAGAAAAGAUGCUUCAUCAAGCAACCAUCAAAUUCCCACCAAUCAGACUGCUGAUGAUGUCUUGAACUAUGCAGCUGUGAGUUUUGCUAAAAAACCUUCAUCCUCCAGAACAUCCAGAGCCAAAAAUACCCAUGAAGACGUUUACGCUCAAGUUAAAAUAUAAUAGAGAAAUUAUAUUUCUAAUUUAAAGCACCAGACAGUAGAAACAUUGCUGUAAGUUAAAUUUUAAUAGCUUUUGCAUUUUAAGGUGUAAAUUUAUUUUUUUCAAACAUUUAAUAUUGUUACAUUUUUCUGAAUAUAAUUAUUUUUAUAUUAUUAGUCUGUGUUUAUCUGCAUAUUGUUGUGAAUUUUAUGUGCAUAUAUUUUUAAAUAAAUAAACCAAACUAUA